GCGCCUGGCCGAACUCAACAUGGCGCCUCCGUUUGUUCCUCCCUCGGCUCUCGUCGCCUCAUCGUCCAUCAGGUCACCUACGCCCUCUAUGCGUAUGCCCCUGCGCCCUCAACAAGCUGCUGGAGGGCAGCAGUCUGGCAACGGCCGCGGCCGACGCUGUCGCGGGCGCGGCCAAGGUGGUCAGCACGGCGGCGCAACCGGUGGCCAGCAGGGUGGAUCUUCAGGCGGCCAGCCAUGGCCCUCCAUCCUCAACCCAUGGACCGGGUCCAUCCACAUGUGGCCCGGCUCCACCCCUGGAGGUCCUCGCGGCCAGCCUCCUCGCGCCAUCUUGCCUACACCGUCACAGCAACCCUUGUUGGCCGGCGUGCCCCAUGCCUACAUCAACGCACCUUCGGCCCCUGGGUCAUACUACCAGGCGCCCCAGGCGCCCACAUGGUCGCCAUGGACUCCCGAGUACCUCGCCAACGCCUUCAGCACCGUCUCCCUCACCCCACCACCGACAUCUUUGGACUGGGUGAUCGACUCGGGUGCCUCCUCUCACAUCGCCUCCAACCCUGGAUCUCCGUACCAGGGACACCCUCCUUCGAUGUGACAGCUCGGGACCGCUCUACACCUUGCAGCUGUCGUCGUCACCCUCUGGUCCCUG